UCUACUACCGUUUUAUUGGUCAAUACCUAGUGAGGUAUUCUUAUUAUAAAACAUUGCCAUAUUUUUCUUCAUCUCACUGAAGCAUUCCCAACCACGUGCAAUCAUGGAUAAUAAGAGUAAAGUACAAUAUCUUAUUGUUGAUACAAGCGCUUUUAUAAAGAACGCUCCUUUACAGGAUAUUGGUGUUAACAUUUUAACUGAACAAGCUGUUGUUGAUGAAAUCACAAACAAGAGACAGCUAAGAAGAUUGGUUGUAUUACCAUAUGAUUUAAAAGUUCAAGAAACUUUUACUGAGAAUAUUAAGUUUGUGACUGAGUUUUCUAAGAAAACUGGUGAUUAUAUGAGCUUAUCUGCUACUGACAUUAAAGUGAUUGCUCUUACUUAUCAGUUAGAAAAAGAAAAAGUUGGAACAGAGCAUUUGAAGGAUGCUCCAACAAUACGAAACGUACUACCUACUACAGACAAACCGAGUGAAAAUGAUCCUAAACCACCAAGUGGGUUUUACAUGCCAAAAAAUAAGGAAAAAGAGCUACUGAAUGCAAAUAAUAAUAUUGAAUCUUCUCUAAAAGACACAGAAGAAAUAGAUGUUAAAGAAAAUAUUAAAGAAAAUGUCGCGCAAGUGGAAGACUCAACAAUAAAUAAUACAAGCGACACAGAAAAGAAACAAUCUGUUCUCAAUGCAUCUGAUGUAGCAAACACAUCUUUGGAGGAAACGGAAUCAGAUUAUGAAACAGCAGAUUCAGAUAUAGAAGAGAGUAACGAGCAAGAGAGGGAUUUAUUAGAGAAAUUUAUGAAGUGUACUUUCGACUCAGCAAAUUUGGAAAUUGAGGGUGAAAGCGAGGACAAGCAUGUUAUGGACGACAUUCUUACUCCAGUUGAUGCAAUAUUACGUGAAAAUGGAAGUGACGCGGAAUCGACUGAGAACGAAGACGACGAAACCGAUGAAGAUGAUGAUGAUGACGACGACAAUGAGAACGGUUGGAUUACACCAGGAAAUCUCACCAACAUAAAAAACCAAAUGAAUUUGGAGAUUCUCGAAGAAAAAACUGCAACCGUCGCAUGCCUAACGAUGGACUUUGCAAUGCAGAAUGUACUAAUGCAAAUGGGAUUGAAUGUGGUUUCGCUGGAUGGCAGAAUAAUCAAGCAAAUGCGAACCUUCAUCUUUAGAUGUUACGCUUGUUUCAAGACUACCAGUGUCAUGACGAAGAUUUUCUGUCCACAUUGUGGCAAUAAGACGUUGAAGAAAGUGGAAAUCACGUUAGAUGAGAAUGGACAGCAACAGGCUCACAUAAAUUUCCGCAGACCUCUGUCAGCCAAAGGGAAGAAGUUCUCGUUACCACACCCGAAAGGUGGAAAACAUGCUAACAAUCCUAUCCUGUGUGAGGACCAACCAGUGCCGGAGCAGCGUCCGUCGCGUUUGGCGCGUAUGAAAAAUGAUCCACUCGGUGAAGAUUACAUAGCUGGUUAUUCUCCAUUUAUUAUGCGCGACAUAAACUCGAGAUCGGCUAUGCUGGGCAAAACUGCCAAAUAUUGGAUGAGAAAAAACCCUAACGAAUCUAGAAGGAAACGAAAAUAAAAAUAAUUUAUUGCCAAGUGUACAUCGUGAUAUUAGAAGUAUCUUUAUUUUAAAUUAAUAUUGAUAUAUUAUAUAAGUAUAUUUACAUUUAAGGGAUAUGCACUAUAGUAUAUUUUCCAAGCUAAAUAGACAAAUUAGAACUUUGGUUCAUUGUACGACUUAUUAUGUGUAAAUAUGUAGAACAUCAAA